UGCGUCCCGCCCCCGGCCGCGCGCUGAUUGGCCGCGGGCGCCAACCGUCGGUAUUUGAAUCGGCGGCGGGCGGACGGUGUUCCGGACUCGGCGGCGCGUCCCGCUCCUUCGGCUUUGUAUGGCCGCCGGCAGGAUGAGUCUGCAGAUCUGCAACGAUGAAAACGUCACUGGUGACAAAAGUGCAGAAAACUGUGAGUUCCUGUUUUCGCCACCAGAACCUACCGGAAGAUUAUCUGUGCUUCGUCUGUCCCAGAAAGAAAAUGUGCCACCCAAGAGCCUAGUCAAAGCUACGAAAGUGACUUUUCAGACUCCUCUGCGAGACCCACAGACGCACCGCAUCUUGAGUCCUGGCGUGAGCAGCAAGCCCGAGGCUCCUUUUGCUCUGGAGGACACUGUUGGGCUGGAAAAUUCUCACCAAAACUGGGCCCAGAAACAGAACCAACAGUUCACCAAGGAAGUUGACACCAAAACGACCAAUGGAAUUGUCCAGAAACCAUUGAUGGGCAAUGCCAGCCUGCCUCCAGGGGAUGUGAGACCAGCCUCUGAAGAUAGGCCGUAUUCCAGUGGACCCACCUCUGCUCCGCUGGCCAGCCUGGGUCCCUCAAGCUCUCCCCAGAUGCCAGAAAGUCUUGAAAAUCAAGUGGCAUCUCUAGGACAAACGUCUAGGAGCCCUGAGCAAGCCUUGGAGGAAAAUGCUCGUUCUUGUUUCUUCGAGAAAAGUAUUAUAUCCACCUCAGAAAUCCUAGAAGACCCUUCCCAGAUGGCUCUCCAGGACAGAAGGGAAGGUCCUCGUGGGGCUGCCAGAGAAAGUUCCAGCCAGGUCCCUGCUUCCUCAGCCGGGGCUCCUUUGCCCCCAGCUACUCUCCUCAAAGGAGCAGGUGGAGAAGGGCCCCUCGAAGACCUGCCUGGCGAGGCCCCCGCUGGCCCUGAAGACACUUCUGGUCCUGGGAACACCAUCCUGGACGGCCCCCUGAACGCUGGAGGGGCCACAUCCCCAAGUCCUCAGAAGGAAGAAGCCGACGGCCGGCAGGCUGCCUCUUGGAGGCGCGGGCCCACAGGGCUAGAAUUUGAGUUGUCUGCCAAUGCCGUCAGCAGAGGGAAAGCGGGGAAGGGACCCAGCCUUAAACCUCCCUCUAGGAUACCAGAGCCGAGGCAGGAAAAGGCACCCGAGGAGGCAGGUGAGGGGCCCGUUCCCCUCCCCCGGGGGUCUUACGACCUGGAUUGGAGCAAGCUGGAUGACCCGAACUUUAACCCAUUUGAAAGUGGAGGAGAGACCCUGCCCCCAGAGUGCCCCCAGAGCAGGCCCGCGGGGACUGUGACCAAGCAGCCGCAGGCCGGCCUGGAGGCCACAGGGCACUGCCCCCUGAGCCAGCAGGUGCCUUCGGCCUCAGCAGAUGACAUACCCGUGACGCAGACCACGGCAGGGACCCCAGGCGCAGGGGGCGAGGACCUUCGGCUGCCCCAGGGUGCCCCCACGGAGCCAUCCUCCUUCCAGGAGGGAGCCGCGGGCCGUGCCAGUGCGUCAGCGCCGCCCCCUCCUCCGCACGGGCCGGAGCCCCCCUCGGACCUGGAUGAGGAGCACUUCCGAGACCCCGCUGAGGUUCUAGGCACGGGGGCCGACGUGGACUAUCUGGAGCAGUUCGGGAGUUCCUCGUUUAAGGAGUCAGCCCUGAGGAAACAGUCCCUGUACCUCAAGUUUGACCCGCUCCUGAAGGACAGCCCUCAGAGACCGGCGCCCGCGGCCCCGGACGCCAGCAGGUGCGAUUACCUUCCCUUGUGGGGUCUCAGCACACAGGACGUGGCUGCGCCGUCCUCGGGAAGCCUGCCCGAGGCGAAGCUGCUGGACCUGGACUUCCUAGGAGCCCCGGGCGCUGCCGUGCUGGACGCCCCUCCGUGCAUCUUCGGGCCUGGGGGUCCCCUGCUGCCCACGGGCCCCAUCGUGGGCUCCAUCGUGGAGGUGCCACAGUAUAGCCAGAAGGACAUGGACGCAGCGGUGGAAGCCACACGACAGGAGAACGUGCUGCUCAGGAGCAGGUGUGAGACGCUCCACGCGAAAAACCUGGAAAUGGGGAAGAUAAUGGACGGGUUCGAGGGGAUCGUGUACCAGGCGAUGGAGGAGGCUCAGAAACAGAAGGAACUCGCAAAAGCUGAGAUCGAGAAGAUUCUGAAGGAGAAAGAGCAGCUGACUGCAGACCUGAGCUCCAUGGAAAAGUCUUUCUCUGACCUGUUCAAGCGGUUCGAGAAACAGAAGGAGGUGAUCGAGGGGUACCGCACGAACGAAGAGUCGCUGAAGAGAUGUGUGGAGGAUUACAUAGCAAGAAUUGAAAAGGAGGCCCAGCGGUACCAGGCCCUGAAGGCCCACGCGGAGGAGAAACUCCAGCGCGCCAACGAGGAGAUCGCCCAGGUGCGCAGCAAGGCCCAGGCGGAGGCCUCGGCCUUCCAGGCCAGCCUGAGGAAGGAGCAGACGCGCGUCCAGUCACUGGAGAAGACGGUCGAGCAGAAGACUAAGGAAAACGAGGAACUGACCCGAAUCUGUGAUGACCUCAUUUCCAAGAUGGAGAAGAUCUGACCAGGAGGCCCCUUCCCAGCACCCCUGCCCCGUCUGUCUGUCUGUCUGUCUGUCUGUGGAAGGUGUCGUGUUCCUUCUUUUUUCUUAACUUCAGCUCGUUUUUAAAUUAGGUUGCUUUAACAAGAAGACUAAUAAAGUUUUCCUUCAGUUCAA